AAAUUUGGGUUUGCUGCUCCUUCCCGUGUGAAGUGAAAACUUGCUACUUCACGUUCAAGCUGACCUGCCGAAGAAGAGAGCUUUCAACAAUGGAACCCAAUAUCAACAACAAAGACCAUGAACAUAGAGAAGACGAAGAAGAAGACCAAUAUGGGGUUCUUCUAUACUACAAAUACACCCAAAUUCCAGACCUCGACGAGUUCUUCACCUUCUACCACUCCAACUGCAACUCUCUCUCUCUCCUCGGCCGCGUUCGAAUCUCUCCGCUUGGCGUCAACGUCACCGUUGGGGGGAAGUUGUCUGCACUGAAGAAGCACAUUGCUGCGGUUGAGACGAAUAGUUUGUUCCAAGGAACCGACUUCAAGCUGGCGGCUUGUGGUCGCCCAUUGAAUGACAAGGUUGCUAAAGAAUGCGGGUUCACUUCUCUCUCAAUUCGCAUUGUCAAGGAAUUGGUUACUCUUAGCUCUAAUCCUCUGCUAAAAUCACCAGAGUUUUCAGAUGCUGGAAAGCAUCUCUCUGCAGACGAGUUUCAUUCCAUGCUACAGCGAGCUGGACAACUAGACAAAGAGAGCACAGAGCGCGAUAGAGAACUUGUUCUGUUGGAUGCAAGGAAUUUGUACGAGACAAGAAUUGGGAAGUUCCACACACCAGAUGUGGAAACUUUGGAUCCAGGCAUUAGGCAGUAUAGUGAUCUGCCCUCAUGGAUUGAUGAUAACUCUGAUCAGUUGCAAGGGAAAAAUGUUCUCAUGUAUUGUACUGGAGGAAUCAGGUGCGAAAUGGCAUCAGCCUAUAUUAGAUCAAAAGGUGCUGGAUAUGAGAACGUAUUUCAGUUAUUUGGUGGAAUACAGCGUUAUUUGGAACAGUUUCCAGAUGGUGGGUUUUUCAGAGGAAAGAACUUUGUUUUUGAUCACCGGAUUUCAGUUGCGAGUUCAGAUGCAAAUAUUUUGGGAACCUGUCUUCUCUGUGGUGUGUCGUUUGAUGAUUAUUCUUCACGCCUCCGUUGCAGUUAUUGUAGAAUGCUUGUCUUAGUUUGUGAUAGUUGCCAGCAGAGGAAGGGCUCUGUAUAUGUCUGUGAGCUUUGCAAGAAUCAUCACAUGGGUGUUGAGUUGGUUUCUUCCUCUGAAAAUGGAAGAUUAAGUUCAAUACCACAAGAAAUUGAGCGUGAAACUGUAUCUUCAGAUGCUAAGCCCUCGCCUAAGCUGCCGUGGAGACAGGCCGUUGGGUCUCCUCCAAGAAAACUCAGAAUCUUGUGCUUACAUGGGUUUCGACAGAAUGCCUCAAGUUUUAGAGGAAGAACGGCAUCCUUAGCCAAGAAACUCAAAAACAUUGCUGAGCUCGUGUUUGUGGAUGCACCUCAUGAAUUACCAUUCAUAUACCAACCCUCAACUGUCACAGAGUCGCAUCAGAAUUGUACAUCACCGCCUUCAUCAUUACUACAACAAAGUCCACCACCGCCCUCGGAGCAUUGCAGGAGAAAGUUUGCGUGGUUCGUUGCGGACAGGGAGUGGAAAAUGGGAGAUGGUCCAUUUGAUCCUCUGCAGUACCAGCAGCAAACAGCUGGGUUUGAAGAAUCACUGGCAUACAUCAAAACUGUGUAUGCUCAGGAGGGGCCCUUUGAUGGACUGUUGGGAUUUUCUCAGGGAGCAGCAAUGGCAGCUGCAUUAGUUUGUGCCCAACAAACCCAAAGGAGACUUUUACAAACUGGGGAAAUGGAGUUUGGAUUUGUGAUUUUGUGCUCGGGGUUUGGCCUUAUGAAGUUAAUGGAGGUUGAGGAGGAGAAAAUUCAUAUGCUGAAAUGCCCUUCGCUUCACAUAUUUGGCAGUGACCAUGGAAUAGACAGGCAGAUUGCAAAUCAAGCAAGCAGGAAGCUUGCCUCCUUAUUUGAUGAGGGUUGCUCUGUUACCAUUGAACACGACUCUGGUCAUAUCAUUCCCACUCGUCCUCCUUACAUCGAUCAGGUCAAGGACUUUCUCGGCCGCUUUCUUUAACUUUUGGGCCAUUCUGUUUUUGACAAAACGAUAUUCUAACCAUCCUAGUCAUAUACAUUCCCUCAUGUGGACCUUCAUAUUAGACACGUUAUCAUUUCAUUAAACAUAAGUGAAGUACCCUAAUGUAUGACGAUCAAACGGGCACAUUGUCUUCGGCCAAUUGACCUAAUUCAUGUCUGCGUAUUUAUUUGGGCCUUUUUGGUACUGUUGUUUGC